AUGGCCAUCUCCAAAACCGACACGUAUAAAGAGAAGUUCAAGACGUUUGAGAUGGAUAGCGGACUGAGCGCCAGCUUCCUGGCCGGCCUGGUCGAGGUCAGCGGCUCUGGGAGCUUCCUGAAGGAGAUGAGGGACAGCAGCCUGUCGACCCAGAUGUCGCUCAUCUACAACACGACGUCGGUGGAUGAGACCCUGUCGCUCUUUGAAGCAAUGGGUAGCAUCGCACUCAACCGCCUCGAUAGUGGUUUUGCUACCCACGUGGUGGCAGGCAUCACCUGGGGAGCCCAGUGCGUCGUCACGAUCAAGAGCGAAGUCAAACACGAGGAAAAAAUGAAGGAGGUGUCGGCCAAGAUGGAGGCUGAGCUCUCCAAGCUGAAGCUGGCCGGCGCCGGAGCCCACGCCUGGCUUGCUGCAGACCGGGGCAACCAGGACUCGGAAGCAAAAUUUGAGGUCACGGUUCAUGGCGACAUAGUCGCCGAUGAUGGCCUGGUUCCUUGCGACCUCCAAAGCGCCCAGCAGUUUCUCAGCAACGUUGGAAGAUACAUGAAGAAGGCCAACAACGGCAAAGGGAAGCCACAGGCGUACCGGCUGCUGCCGGUUAGUUUUGUUCGGAUGAUGAUGGGCGGGAUGCCUACAAUGGCGGACGAGAAGCUCAUCGAGCUGGACCUGCAGUGCCUCGAGAACUUUGUCCUCCUGUUCGACGAAAUCCAUACCGCCAAGAUGAAGCUGCACGACUACCACAUCCAGGUCGAGAGCCACCGCCACUGCGUGCCGCCGGAGCAUGCGCGAGAGAUUGCAGAGCAGCUGAGCCAAUGGAACGCUCAGGAGGCAGAUCUGAAGGCGCGAUAUGCGGACACACUGACAGCAGUCCGAGCCGGCCGCGCUCAGGGGCAGGAGCUCCUGCGUCUCCAAGCCGAGUUUGCGGGCGGGCCGUUUGCCCCUGAGAAGCUCACUACUGCGUCUCACAUCUACAACGAAAAGAUCGAGUUUGUCGACCUGGUGGAGCACCGCGGUGCGACGUACAUUGGCUACGAGCGAUCGCUCAAGAUCGAGCUGAUGAAGAGGAGCACGAGCGACGACGUCUACAUCAUGUACUUUGACGACAGCUCGAUGGACCUGGACGAGUGGGACGGGAACGCAGCCCUUGUCCUCAAGCUCCUCGAACAGAAGCCGCAGAAGCCCGUGUUAAUCGUGGACACAGAAGCGGCCGGAGUCGCCGGACUGGCACCGAUGAGCGUCCGCGUGGUCCACGAGCGCCAAGGCACUCAAGUGUGCAAGGACUUGCUCGAGGUGCGCAGGUUUAUGGCAGACUAUUGCGUUAUGCAGUACCCCGGGGACAAACUCGACCGUUCCCAGACGACUAAGCCCAAUACUCGUCGGGCCGUCAAGGUGCCUUGCCCCAGCCUGCAAUGCCAGCCGUCGGAAACGUGCGAAUGGGUCUGCUUCCGGUGCCGCGCGCCGAUCGAGUAUGGCUACACGGACGAGUUCCUCUACUGCGACUGCGGCCGGUGCCGGUACGAUGAGUGGGAGUUUCAGUGCAAUGGCGACCAGCACGGCUGGGUUUUUGAGAAGUAUGACACGGAGAAGUUCCAUAAGCUGCUGCGCUGUCUCGAGCCGUUUAAAGAGCUCAACAUCCUGAUCCUGGGCGAAACGGGCGUCGGCAAGUCUACGUGGAUCAACGCCUUCAUCAACUACCUGACCUUUGCGUCGCUCGAAGAGGCUAUCGCAGCGCCCGACCUCAAAUUCAUUAUCCCCUUCUUCUUCGGCUCUCACGACGAGGCCAGCCACUGGCACGAGAUCAACUACGCGCUGCCUGGUGUGACGGCGGUGGACGAGGUCGCCAGCACCCAGGGCGAGUCGGCGACGCAGAGAACCAUGAUCCAUUCCUUCCAGGUUGGCGACCGCAUCGUCCGUCUGAUCGACACCCCGGGUAUUGGCGAUACGCGCGGUGUCGAGCAGGACAAGUCCAAUAUGGAGGACAUUCUGCAGACGCUUACCCAGUACCCCGAGCUGCACGGGAUCCUCAUCUUGCUGAAGCCAAACAAUGCCCGGCUAACGCUCACGUUCAAGUUCUGCAUCACGGAGCUGCUAACCCACCUGCACCGCAACGCUGCGAGAAAUAUGGUGUUUGGUUUCACCUUUACGCGCGGGUCCAACUACCAGCCUGGCGAUAGCUACAGUCCGCUGAAGAUGUUGCUGAGGGGCUGCCAGAUCGACGAGCUGGAGUUAUCCCACCAUACAACUUACUCCUUCGAUUCGGAGAGCUUCCGGUACCUGGCUGCGCUCAAGCAGGGCGUUGAGCUUGGCUUCCGGGACGAGAACGCCAGGAGCUGGAAGCGCUCGGUGGACCAAUGUACCCGGCUCGUCGAGCAUUUCUCCAGCAUCCCGCCGCACCAAGUACGGAGCACCCUGAGCCUCAACCAGGCCAGACAGGUCAUCUUGCAGCUCGUCGAGCCCAUGGCCAAGGUCUCGCAGUCGAUAGCCGACACGGUGCGCGAAAACGAAGCUGAUCUCCAGAAGCUGACGAAUAUGGAGAACCAAGUGCCAACCCGGGCUGAGCUGGAGAAGAUGCUGAUGGUGCGGCGGAAAUGCCAGGUGGCCAUCGAUCUCGACACGCCGCGUACCGUCUGCACCAACCAGGAUUGCGGUCAUGAGCCCGACGAUCUAGAAGAUGUCUCCACGCUGUACAAAUCUGUGUGUCACGACGACUGCACCCUGAAAUUCGGGAGCCUGCGGUGGUGCUCCGUCAUGAAAGCGAAGGUGUUGAGCCGAAAGUACGUCUGCAAAAUGUGCGGCCACGAUCUCCAAGACCACCGGCAUCUCACGUACGAUCUGCGCGAGAGGACCGUCAUCGAGGGCGCUGAGGAGGUGGCGAAACGUCUGCAGGACGGCCACGAUACGAUCAAACCGGUGCGCGAGCUCGUCAAGGAGAAGACCCGCCGGGUCGAACAGUUCAAGGAGGAGCAGAAGCUCAUCCAGGAGGCUUGCAGCCAGUUCAGCUUCUUCAUGAAGAAGAAUUCCAUCACGCCUUAUAACGACGCAACCGCGGCGUUCCUCAAGGAGCAGAUCAACGAGGAAAAGAAGAAGGUGAACCCUACCUCGGGCGAGACCGAGCGGCUCCGGCGGCUGCAAGAAUCCCUCCGCCAGCACGAGAAGAUGGUUGGCGACCUGAAGCGCAGCAUGGACAGGGGCGAAGGGAACGAGAUUCUGGAGGAAAACGGCAUUGAGAAGUGGCUCAAGACGCUGUACGACUUGCCCAACUUUGGCCGUGACUUGCAAAAGAUCAAGGAGGUCGUUGACCGCACGCGCGAGGCCACUUUCCGCGAGAAGCCACAUCCCAUUCGGGUAGGAGCGCACUGGCCCCACGGGAGCAGCGGCCGAAGGCGCGAGUUGAAGCAGUCGUGGUCGCCGUCGCCGGCGACUCCUGGUCGGGUCAAGGAUAAGGCUCGCAGGAUGUUGAAAAAGGAAAGUACUUCGACGGCCUACAGCCUCGGAAACGCGGCACCGACAACCACUGGAGGAGGUGAUGGGAAUCACAUGGGGCAGGCCAGAAAUCCACGCACCGUCGCCAUCCCCCAGGACAGGACGCUUGGGGUGACGGCCGACAUGAAGACACCGCGGGUAACGACUACCGCCGUGAUGAAAGAGGCCACUCAGCACUGA